AUACCUAGUAAUAGUCAUCAAAGAGCUACCCAUUCCACUCUAGUUAUCAGGCCUAUAUUAAUUUUUUUAAGGGAGAAACGUGUAACAUUUAGAAUUAAUCAUUAGCAUCUUAAGAAAACCCAAUAAUAAACAUUUGUGUCACUUCUCAUGCUUUUUAUAAUGACAGCUAUUUUGCAACUGCACACAGAAACAACAAUCCUAUGUUGCUCACAAUUGAGUUCACAAUUGAAGUAAAUUGUGGAGUUAAAGUAGUAAGAAUAUGGAAUGGAGAAAGAGAGCCUUGUGUGGCAGAGGUAGAAUGAUGCGAAACGCUAUUCUUUGGUGGAGUAGCUUAUAUGUCAGACUGAUGUUUGUCUUCUGGCCGUGUGCAUCAGCUGGAACACAAUGUCAUAUCCAAAAUGAAAUGGCUGACUGCAGUCACCUAAAGCUGACUCAAAUUCCCUCUGAUCUUCCAAACAAUAUAACGAGUUUGGACGUUUCUCAUAACCAGCUAAGACAGCUAGGCCCUGCAAAUCUGACCAAGUACAGCCAGCUGGUUUACUUGAAUGCAGGCUACAACAGCAUCUCUAAACUGCAACCAGAACUGUGCCAAAAUGUGCCCCUGUUGCAGAUUCUGAAGUUAGAACAUAAUGAAUUGUAUAAGCUCCCUGACAGAGUCUUUGCUUCCUGCACCAACCUGACUGAGCUCAGUCUAGGCUACAACAGGCUUAAUAUAGAAAAUGAUAAUUUCAAACCCCUGAAGAACUUGAAUAUUUUGGACCUAUCUCAUAAUUCUUUGAAGUCGGCCAAUUUAGGAUUGAAGCAACAGUUGGAGAAACUCCGUGAGCUUAUGUUGGGUAGCAACCAAAUCACAGAGUUGAAAAAAGAAGACUUCAGUUUUCUUAGCAAUACCUCAUUGAAUAGUCUUGAUUUGUCCUCAAAUCCACUAAAAGAGUUUCAUACAGGAUGUUUCCAUACAAUUGGAAAUCUGUUUGGCCUCAUACUGAACAACGUUGAACUUGGUGAAAAUCACACAAAGAAACUUUGUACGGAAUUAUCAAACACAGCGAUUCGAAACCUCUCACUGAGCCAUGUGAAACUUUCCUACAUUGGCAAAUCAACUUUCCAGGGACUGCAAGGAACAAAUCUUACAAUUUUAAACCUUUCCCAAAAUUCUCUCUCUGCCAUAGAAAAUGACUCCUUUCAGUGGCUUUCAAGUUUACAGUACUUAAACCUGAAACUUAAUAAGAUUCACGUAUCUUCGCGUUUAUUUUAUGGAUUAUCCAGCCUUAAACAUUUGAAUCUCAUCAAUUCAAUUACUGGGAAAAUUGAAGAUUUUUCUUUUCGUUGGCUAUAUCAUCUAGAGUACCUUAUAAUGGAUAAUAACAAUUUUCCAGGAAUUACUGCUAAUACGUUUACAGGUCUGAACAACCUGAAAUAUCUGAGUCUCUGCAACUGCAACAUAAACUUACAAAGAAUAACUAAUAAAACAUUUUCAUCGCUUGCUAAUUCUAGCUUACAGGUUCUCAACCUCACAAAGAACAGAAUCUCUACAAUAGAAAGUGGGGCAUUUUCUUCCCUGGGACACCUGAGAAUUCUUAGUCUUGGUCUCAAUGAAAUUAGUCAACAGCUUACGGGUCAUGAGUUUAAAGGUCUCAAUAAUAUACAAGAUAUUUAUCUUUCCUAUAACAAAAACUUGACUUUACAAAGUGAAUCAUUCAUUUUUGUCCCAAGCCUUAGAAAACUGAUGCUGAGGAAAGUAGGCUGCAGUAAUCUAGCACUUUCUCCUUCACCUUUUCAUCCUCUACGAAACCUGACUAUCCUGGACAUCAGUAAUAACAACAUAGCAAACAUAAAAGAAGACUUGUUCGAUGGACUUGACAAACUUGACAUCCUGGAUUUGCAGCACAAUAAUUUAGCCCGGCUUUGGAAACAUGCAAAUCCGGGUGGUCCUGUUCUUUUUUUAAAAGGUCUUCCCAAUUUGCAAAUUCUUAAUUUAAAAUCAAAUGGGCUUGAUGAAAUUCCAGUUCAGGUUUUCAAGGGUCUGUUUCAAUUAAAACACCUGGAUUUAGGAUCGAAUAAUUUGAAUUUGCUUCCAGCAACUGUGUUUGAUGACCAGGCCUCUCUGAGUUCAUUGAACCUUCAGAAAAAUCUGAUAACCUCAGUUGAAGAAAAAGUAUUUGGCCCACCUUUCAGAAGCCUGAGAAAACUAGAGAUGGAUUCCAAUCCUUUUGACUGUACCUGCGAAAGCAUUGCUUGGUUUGCUGAUUGGCUUAAUGAGACCCAAGUAGAUAUACCUGGAUUGAGGUCUCAGUACAUUUGCAACACCCCGCCUAAAUAUCAUGGUAGUCUGGUUUUGUAUUUUGAUAGUUCAGCCUGCAAAGACAGUGCUCCAUUUAAACUUCUUUUUGUGAUCUCUGCCACUAUGGUGACACUCCUCAUUUUUAUUGUCCUUACCAUCCAUUUUGAAGGGUGGAGAAUAGCUUUCUACUGGAAUGUUUUAGUCAAUCGAAUGCUUGGUUUUAAAGAAUUUGAGAGACAACAGGAACCGUAUGAUUAUGAUGCCUACAUUAUUCAUGCAAAAGAGGAUAAGAAUUGGGUGUCCAAAAAUUUCAUGUCUCUGGAAAAAAAUUACCACUUUGAAAUUAAGUUUUGUUUAGAAGAACGGGAUUUUGAAGCAGGUGUAUCUGAAUUUGAAGCCACAAUUGACAGCAUAAAAAGGAGCAGGAAGACUAUUUUUGUUGUGACUGAACAUCUCUUACAGGAUCCCUGGUGUAAAAAUUUCAAGGUAUAUCAAGCUCUUCAGCAAGCUGUUGAACAAAGUCGGGACUCCAUCAUACUGAUCUUUCUUGAUGAUAUCCAAGAUUACAAGUUGUAUCAUGCACUUCAGCUGAGAAGAGGAAUGUUCAGAUCUCGCUGCAUCUUGAACUGGCCAGCCCAGAGAGAACGAGUCAGUGCAUUUCAUCAGCAGUUAGUGAUGGCACUUAAAUCUAAAAGUAAAGUGCACUGA